AGUUGCAAACCGAAACGUAUGCGUGUUUGAGGCGUCUCUGCAUUUUGGACAUUGACAUGGACAUGGCAGAAGCCAGCAUUUCAUGGGUUCAGGAUCAGUUCAGCUGUUCAAUCUGUCUGGAUCUACUGAAGGAUCCAGUGACUAUUAACUGUGGACACAGUUUUUGUAUGAGCUGUAUUACAGCCUGCUGGAAUCAGGAGGAUCAGAAGAGAGUUUAUAGCUGCCCUCAGUGCAGACAGACCUUCACUCCAAGACCUGCUUUAGGAAAGAAUGUGAUUCUUGCUGAGAUGGUGGAGAAACUGAAGAAAACUAAACUUCAGACUGAUCGAGCUGCUCCCAGUUAUGCUGGACCUGAAGAUGUGGAGUGUGACGUCUGUACUGGGAGAAAACGCAAAGCUAGCAUGUCAUGUCUAAUGUGUCUUGAAUCUUACUGUCAAACUCACUUUGAGCGACAUGAAGGCUUUCACACUGGAAAGAGACACAAAGUCACUGAAGCCACUGGAAGACUUCAGGAGAUGAUCUGCUCUCAACAUGACAGACUGCUGGAGGUUUUCUGUCGUACUGACCAGAGAUGUGUUUGUUAUCUGUGUACGAUUGAUGAGCAUAAAAAUCACGACACUGUAUCAGCUGCAGCAGAGAAACAGAAACUAUUGGAGGACAACCAGAGAAAACACCAGCAGAGAAUCCAGAAGAAAGAGAAGAAGCUUCAGGAUCUCAGAGAGGCUGUGAAGACACACAAGCGCUCUGCACACACAGCAGUGGAGGACACUGAGAGGAUCUUUACUGAACUGAUACGCUCCAUUAAGAGAAGACGCUCUGAGGUGAUACAGCUGAUCAGAGAUCAGGAAAAGACUGCAGUGAGUCGAGCUGAAGGACUCUUGAAGGAACUGGAGCAGGACAUUGAUGAUCUGAGGAGGAGACAUGAUGAGAUGGAGCAGCUCUCACACACAGAACAUCACAUCAGUUUCCUACAGAGUUUUCAGUCUCUCUCAGCAUCACAUGGACCUACGGACAACAUCGUCUUUUGUUCUCUCCUCUCUUUUGAUGAUGUGGGGAAAUCUGUCUCCCAACUAAAAGAAGAGGUGGAGGAUGUCUUUAAAAAAGAGAUGGAACAUAUUUCUGACAGAGUUUCAGACAGUUACAUUGAAAUGUCCACCACUGAACCCAAAACCAAGAUGCAGUUCAUACAAUAUUUCCGUCAGCUCUCUCUGGAUCCAAAUACAGUACAUAAAAAUAUCUGUCUGUCUGAAGGGAACAGAGCGGCUACUUACACUUACAGAGUCCAGCCGUAUCCUGACCAUCAUGACAGAUUUGAAUAUUGGAAACAGGUGUUGUGUAGAGAGAGUGUGUGUGGACGCUGUUACUGGGAGGUCGAGUGGAGUGGUUGGGUGUAUAUAUCAGUGUCGUAUCAGAGCGUCAGUAGGAAGGGAAGAGGUGAUGAGUGUGGAUUUGGAUAUAAAGAUCUGUCCUGGAGUUUGGACUGCUCUCUCUCCGAAUGCUCAUUCUGGCACAAUAACAUAGAGACUGAACUCCCAGUAGUGUCCAGUUCUUCUAGAAUAGGAGUGUAUGUGGAUCACAGUGCAGGAAUUCUGUCCUUCUACAGCGUCUCUGACACAAUGACCCUCAUCCACAGAGUCCACACCACAUUCACUCAACUUCUCUAUCCUGGGUUUUGGUUAGCUGAGGCUUCAACCGUGAAACUUUGUGAUUUAGGAAUGUAAAAGAUACAUCCUUAGAUGCUUAGUCUUAUCUAAAACAAUCUAGUUUGAUAAAUAAAUUAUUCUUAUCAAAUUUGAGAAGGAGAUUUUUGUCACACACUGCAAUGUUCUUUCAUGUGUGAUGCUUUAGUUCUUGAGUUAGUUGAUGUUUGAAGUGCUAUUACUGUUAUUCAUUUAUAACCAUACCAAACUUAUCAUCAUAUAUUUGAUAAGUUUUGUAAAACGUUUCUUUAUAUUUCUUUGUUUAAAUAAAUCACUUCAUUUGUUUAAAAUUGCUGUACAAGUUUGUAUCUCAAUAACGCUAUCCAGAGCUUCCAGUCCUCAGUGACAUAACUUUUUCCAUUUGACUUUUCACCCUGAUUUUAGGUGGUUGUUAUCUGUGAAUAAUGUACCAUGGAUGUUUUAACUGGCCAACCAGAAUCAACCAUUCCAGAGCACUGUGUAAAAAAAUAUAAUAAAUCAGUGAUGAUAAUAAACCCCAUUGUCUUUAAAACAAUGUUAAUUUUCAAACAGUGAAAUGCUGAUGGUCACAUUCUAACAGUGUUUUUUGUACUUUAACUACAUUUCUUAAGGGAUUUUGGCAUUGCUAAGGCAAAGAAUGAGAAACGUACAAAUUCAGUCAAUUAGAAAUGGUCAUGAUGUUCAUACAAAAUUAAAAAGAUCUCAAAUAUGAAUCAGGGACUUUUGGUUUUUUAUUAUCUUUACUUUUGAAACACACAAAACAGUAACAAUAAGGAAAAUGUAAGGUUAAAAUGAAAGGUGUAAGAUUUGAUGGAGGGCGUUAAGCAAGCAGGUGCUUUCAGCAGGUAGGAUCACCUGUGAUGACCAGUUUUCAGGCGUUGUGUUUAGUGAGGGAAAGUGAUGCUUUGGUUUCAUAGCUCUUGUGCAGAAGCCUCGAAUGAGUAAAACGCUGACCUCAGUGGAGGAUUUGACACUUACAUUCAUUUUGUUUUUUUUACUCUAAAAGCAAAAAAAUUAUGUAUAAAAAUAAAAGUUCUCUUUGUAAUACUGACACCUAGUGGACAUUCAGUGU